UAUUUUUACGCUGGCUUUUGAAUAUAUUUUUGAAAAAUAAUGGCUACGACAAAAAGAAACCGAGCUACGAUGGAGCAGCUAAUUCGAAUGAUGGAUUUUUUCGGAGAAACGCCGGGUUUGGCAGGGUCUCGGUUCCAGAAGCUCCAUGGAAAAUCAGACUGCGAUAGGAAGUGGAGCGAAUUAGCUAGUACGCUGAAUUGCCUUGGUGGUGCUGUGAAAAACGUCGAACAAUGGCGCACGGUAUGGAGGGAUCUGAAAAGCCGUACCAGCAUCAAGGUCCGAGACCGGAAAAGAAAGCGGGCAAUGACAGGAAACAAUCCAAUUAAUGAGGAGCCGCUCACCGAAUUGGAGAGACGAGUCAUUGCCUAUAAGGGCUAUGUACAGGGCCACGAAAACGUUCCUGAAACGGUGCCUAUAAAGGAGGAACUGCAACUUCGAUUAGAGGAGGGUGAAGAGAGCAUAGUUAUCGAGAUGCCUUCAUUUUCAAAUGGGGUCGAUUUGGAAAUGCAUACAUCGACUCCUGCGACUCAAGCCUCAAAAACUCCAAGUAGAAGCAGUAGGAGAAGACGUGUGGAAGAUGUGAGCGAUACCCGAAACGCAUUUUUAGAAAUUGCGCAAACACAAGCGAAUGCUUUAAAAAUGUUAGCAGAGUCGAGUGCAGCAUCCACCCAAAUUGCAAGCAGGCAAGCUGAUGCCUUGCAGUUGUUAGCUGGAAGCAAUGCGGCGACCACGCAGGCAUUGGCAGAUGCUAUGACCACAAUGGGUGAAGGAUUGAAAGCUUGUGCAGCUGCUUUCAACAAUUUAGCCGACGCAAUUAGCCGCAUAAGUAAUGCAGUUAUGAACAUGAGAGAUUCUCCUUUAAGAAACUUUAAUGUGAUGAUAUGUGGUAUUUAAACCCAUAUAAAAAUACUUAUCUGUGAAUGAGUGUUAUGUAAUGAAUUAUGCAUUUAAAUUAAGUUGUAUGUUGUAUGUCUUUUGCUGAGUUAACUUAACUUAAGUACAAAUGUUGAAAAUAUUAAGACUGAAGAAUUUGUUACCAAAAAUAUGUAAUAAAAUUACAAAUUAUGUAAAUUAUAUUCCGGAGUUUUUAUUUAUCAAAUUGAUAUUUAAGUGAAAUAAUUCGCGAUCAGGCGAUCUUGGACGCGUUUUGCUGUUGAGGAUGGUGCCUCAUGAUUGAAAUUGGCGGUAUUUGUUCUAUUUUCUAGGAACUCCUGCUCAAGCUCAUAUAUUUGGUCACCUAAUCGAAUUUUAUGCAACACUGAGCACAC